UUGGAGGCGCCCCCGCCGACGUGCUUCUGCACCGCCUUGAGCACCCGCCGGUACACCGGCGCCGCGGCCGCCAUCGGUCAGCUUGGGCAGGACAGGAGGGGGCGGGGCGAGCGUUGGUGUCUCUGACAGUCUGAUGGCCUGGUUCGCUCACUCCAAAACGGGGGUGACGCCGUGAAGGGCUCCCACCUGGAGUCCUGGUGGCGCUGGUGGGCCAAUUAGCAAUCAGGCCCGCACAUUCCCCUCUUUCCUCCGUCCCAUUCAUUUCGCUCCAGCCAUGGCGAACACCGCCCGUCUCCCCGCCUCCUCGUGCAGUCUGGCCACCGGCAGCAUCACCACCAGGAGCAGGAGGGCAACCAUGGCCGCCAUUGGAUGCGCUCCCGGUGGCAGCAACACCCACCGGAGGCGUAUGGGCCUUUUCCUUUGCCGCUCCUCCUCCACGGCCGGAGCUGGAGGGGGCAGGAAGAUGGAGGAUUACAACACCGCCAUGAAGCGGAUGAUGCGCAACCCCUACGAGUACCACCACGAUCUUGGUAUGAAUUAUGCUGUCAUCAGUGAUAGCCUGAUUGUGGGGUCACAACCUCAAACUCCUGGAGAUAUCGAUCAUUUGAAAAAUGAAGAGAAUGUUGCCUACAUUCUUUGUUUGCAGCAGGACAAGGAUAUCGAAUACUGGGGUAUUGAUUUCCCAGCUAUUCUCAGCAGGUGCAAAGAACUUGGCAUUCAGCAUAUCAGAAGACCGGCAGUUGACUUUGACCCAGAUUCCUUGAGGUCACAAUUGCCAAAGGCAGUUUCCGCAUUAGAAUGGGCUAUAUCACAGCGCAAAGGGCGGGUUUAUGUCCAUUGCACUGCUGGACUUGGGAGGGCUCCAGCAGUUGCAAUUGCUUACAUGUUUUGGUUCGAGGAUAUGGAUCUUAACACAGCCUACAAAAAGCUGACCUCCAUAAGGCCCUGUGGACCCAAUAAGAGAGCUAUUCGUGCUGCCACCUAUGAUCUAGCUAAGAAGGAUGAUCCAUGGAAAGAGCCUUUUGAGAAUCUACCAGAGAACGCUUUCGAGGGCAUUGCGGACUGGGAGAAGAAGAUAAUUCAUGACCGGAUACGUGCUCUUCGUGAAGCAUGAGUUGAAAAAGGAAACCUUAACUAUAGCCUCUUUCAGGUGUGUGUUCAGUUGUUCACACAUGCUGCAUUACAAUCUAUGUAACUUUCCUACACUGAUCCCCCCUUCUCAGGGUAGGAAAAUAGUGUACGCAUAUGAUGAGAGGUGUGAUGCAGCUACUAUCAAAAUAAAUCAUAUGCAUGGUCUUAUUCAUCAGUUGACUGUUGGUAAUAUAAAGAAAUAAAGAGGCGCUCAUAGGUAGUCAUCACACGAGA